AAAAAGUGACUGUCUCCCCUUUCUUUCGUCAGUCUGUUCCCGGCAAUGACCCACCGAUAAACCCAUCAAUAAAUGAAACCUCCGUUACAUGUCCAUGCAAUAUCAUGUCCUCUCACCCCACUAUUCAUGUCUUCUAGACUUAUUGUUUCCCCGUGACUGUACUGAAUUAUUUUUUCUUCUAUGCUUCAAUUUAUUCCAUAGUUUAGUUAUUGGAAUGCUUGCAGUGUCACCUUUAAGAAGCUCCAAUGAUGAAAGGCCGCAGGGAGAGGUGGUGGAGAGUUUCCAACUUGGGGUGGUGGAUGACUUCUCGGAUGUUUUCCCCGGAGGAAAUUUUCUGGAAGGGAUCGAUUUCGAUGAUCUUUUUGUUGGUAUUGAAGAUGGAGAUGUGUUGCCUGAUUUGGAAAUGGACCCAGAAAUGCUGGCCGAAUUUUCCAUCAGCGGUGGAGAAGAAUCGGUUUCAGUUGGCAAAGUAGAGGAGAACGAGAGAAGAGAAGAGGAAGAAGACAAAGUUUCGGGUUCAGGCUCGAGUUCAAGCCAAGGUGAAGAAAUUGUGAGCAAGAAAAACGAUGAAUCUGUGAAUCUAUCUCGAAAGGAAGACGAGAAAAGACGACGAAAAUCUUCAUCAACGACCCAAUCUAAAGGUUCACAAGGGAAGCGGAAAGUGAAGGUGGAUUGGACUCCGGAGCUGCACAGGAGGUUUGUUCAAGCAGUGGAGCAGCUUGGAGUGGAUAAGGCAGUUCCUUCUCGAAUUUUAGAGCUUAUGGGGAUCGAUUGUCUUACUCGCCACAACAUUGCUAGUCACCUUCAAAAAUAUAGAUCACAGCGGAAACAUUUGCUAGCUAGGGAAGCAGAAGCUGCAAGUUUGAGCCAAAGAAGGCAAAUUCAUGGAGGCAUCGGAGGAGGAGGAGGAGGAACUAAAAGAGAGAUAAGCCCAUGGCUUGCACCACCACCCACCAUGGGUUUCCCUCCUAUGACUCCCUUGCAGCACUUCAGGCCCUUGCACGUGUGGGGACAUCCAACCGUAGAUCAGUCCGUAAUGCACGUGUGGCCCAAACAUCUAGUUCAUUCGCCAUCUUCUCCAUGGCCAACUGCACCACCACCUCCUCCUCCUCCACCUGACCCUUCUUACUGGCAACCUCUUCACCAGCUUGUUAAAGCUCCAAGUGCUCUUACUCCAGGGACUCCUUGCUUUCCACAACCACUGGCAACAACGAGGUUUUCUCCUGCACCAAUUCGGGGCAUUCCACCGCAAGCCAUGUACAAGGUAGAUCAAGGUAUGGGUGUCUCAAAUGGGCACUCAGGCUCCCUCCCUCCCUUUGAUAUUCAUCCGUCAAAAGAGAGCAUAGAUGCAGCUGUUGGAGAUGUUUUAUCAAAACCAUGGCUGCCACUUCCACUUGGUCUAAAGCCUCCAUCAGUUGAAAGUGUGAUUGUGGAACUCCAACAUCAAGGAAUCUCCAAAAUACCACCCACUUGUGCUUGAUCAUCUCAUUCCUAUUCAAAGAUCCUUGAUGCUGAUUUUGGCCAAACCUGAAUUCGACGACAUUUCUUAUCUCUUGUAAUUACUGUAACCAUCUGAUCAGAGUAACUUUCUUUUUUUUCCAAUCUUUUUCCUCUGCCUAUGGUGAAUAGGAAUCUAUUCACAACGGGACUUGAAAUGCACGCAAGAGAGAUUUAUGAACCCUAAGAUCAUGUAUAAAUCGUCCUCUAUGGGUUUAGGAAUACUUUUUCCUUUUUCAUUUAGAGGAAUGUGUACUCUUUCUUUGUUCCUGUCUUCAUGGUGAGAGUAAGAACAGUUUUUUUUCUCUACAAUAAUGUGAUCAUGGAGGCUCUAGAAGAUGAAUAAACCAUUUAUUUUUUUUCUUCUUAA